AUGAAUCAGUUCAAGCCAAUCUUCCUCGGACAGGCUGACCCCCGCAGCGAGCAGGCCAAGCUGAAGCGUGCCGCCAACAGUCAGAAGUGCAUCCGUGCCGGUGGCAAGCACAACGACCUCGACGACGUCGGCAAGGACACCUACCAUCACACAUUCUUUGAGAUGCUUGGUAACUGGUCGUUUGGCAACUACUUCAAGCGCGAGGCCAUCACAUGGGCCUGGGAGCUGCUGACCGAGGUCUACAAGCUUGACACUGCACGCAUCUACGCCAGUUACUUUGGCGGUGCCCCCGACAAGGGACUCGAGCCAGACAAUGAGGCCAAGGCCAUUUGGUGCGAGUUCUUGCCCGCUGACCGCGUGCUGCCCUUUGGCAUGAAGGAGAACUUCUGGGAGAUGGGCGACACUGGUCCCUGCGGUCCAUGCUCAGAGAUUCACUUUGACAAGAUCGAGGGCAGGACUGGCUCGCAACACCUGGUCAACGCUGACGAUCCCACCCUCAUCGAGAUUUGGAACUUGGUGUUCAUCCAAUACAACCGCGAGGCUGACAAGUCGCUGAGACAGCUGCCCGCCAAGCACGUCGACACUGGCAUGGGUCUCGAGCGUCUCACCUCGAUCAUUCAAAAGGUUGGCACCAACUAUGACACCGAUGUGUUCAUGCCCAUCUUUGCAGAGAUUCAGCGCGUCACCAAAUUCUCCCAACCAUACGGUGGCAAGGUCGGCAAGGACGACCCCAACCAGGUGGACAUGGCCUAUCGUGUCAUUGCCGAUCACAUCCGUACAUUGACAUUCUCUUUGGCCGACGGUGCCGUACCCAGCAGCGAUGGCAGAGGUUCAGUGUUGAGAAGAAUCCUGCGUCGUGCCAUCCGUUAUGGCAAGCAGAAGCUCAAUGCCCCAUCGGGCUUCUUCCAUUGUCUCGUGGACGUUGUGUUGCAGAACUUUGGCGACUUCUUCCCCGAGCUCAGAAAGCGUCCACAGCACAUCAUCUCAGUGAUCGAGACCGAAGAGAAGAUGUUUGAGCGUACAUUGGACAAGGGAAUCAUCGAGUUUGAGAACAUCGCCAAGAAGUCCACCAACGGCGUCAUCUCUGCCAACCACGCUUGGUACCUCUCGUCGUCGUUUGGUUUCCCCAUCGAUUUGACCACACUGAUGGCCGAGGAGAAGGGCAUGAAGGUCGACAUUCAGGGCUACGAAGCCCUGUCCGAGAAGUUGGCCGAGGAGAACCGCAAGCGUCAGAAGGAGAAGAAGAACGAGCUCACCUUGAACGCCGAGCCCAUUUCUAUCCUGCAAAAGAUGGACGUGCACCCAACCAAGGACCAGUACAAGUACGAGCAGAAGGAGGUUCAGACCGUGGUCAAGGCCAUCUGGACAGGCAGCGAGUUUAUCAACUCUCUGGUCAACGCCAACAAGAAGAUGGUUGGUGUCGUGUUGGAGAGCACCAACUUCUAUCCAGAGCAGGGUGGUCAGAUCUUUGAUAUCGGUAACAUCAACUUUACCGACACACAAAACACCGCCUUCCAGGUCACCGACUGCAAGGUGUUUGGUGGCUACGUGCUGCACAUUGGUUACAUCUCAGACGACUGCGCCGAGCUCAAGGUUGGUGAUCGUGUCGAGACCACCGUCGACUACACCCGUCGCAUCCCCAUUAUGUCCAACCACACCUCCACUCACAUGGUCAACUUUGCCCUGCGCAAGGUCGUCGGCGAGAACGUCGACCAGAGAGGUUCAUUGGUUGACCAGACCCGUCUCCGUUUCGACUUCUCAAUCGACAAGUCGCUCAACAAGGACCAGCUGGUGCAGGUGGAUGCCAUCGUCAACGAGCUCAUUGCCAAGCAACUGCCCGUCCACAGCAAGGAGGUCGAGCUGGACAUGGCCAAGAAGAUCUAUGGCCUGCGCGCUGUCUUUGGUGAGGUCUACCCCAACCCAGUGCGUGUCGUGUCUGUUGGUGUCGACGUCAACGACCUGAUCACCAACCCAUCCAACCCAGACUGGGCCAACUACUCGAUCGAGUUCUGUGGUGGCACUCACUUGACCAACUCCAAGGAGGCCGAGUUCUUCACCAUCGUCUCUGAGGAGGCUGUCGCCGCCGGUGUCCGUCGUAUCUUUGCCGUCACUGGAUCAGAUGCCUCGGUGGUCUUUGACAACAACAGGAAGUUGGAGGACCUGUUCAACGAGGCCAAGAAGCUCACUGGCAAGGACCUCAAGGACAGCGUGCCAAAACUGCUCGCUCUGCUCGAGUCACAUCAGUUGUCCGCCUCCAAGAGGAUCGAGCUCCAGGCCACUCUGAACGAGGUUCAGAACGAGGUCAAGAAGUGGUUCAAGGUGCAGGAGCAACAACAACUCACCGACGCCAAGAAGGUUGUCACCACCAUUAUCGAGCAACUCAAGGAGAGCAAGGCCCCAGUCUUUGCUGGUGAGAUUUCUCUUGGACUUAACAACUCUGCCAUCACAGACUUGAUCAAGGAGAUCCAGACUGCUUGCCCAGACACUGCCGUGCUGUUUGUCAGCCCAGACGAGGAGAAGAAGAAGGUGUGUGUGCUCUCGAUCGUCCCACCAAAGUCAACUGCCGCCACAAAGGGAUUGACUGCCAACUCAUGGGUGGUCAAAGUGUCUGAGGUGCUCGGUGGCAAGGGUGGAGGCAAGGUUGAUGUUGCCCAGGGUGUUGGAUCAUCAAUCGAGAAGGUCGACGAGGCCAUCCAGCUUGCCAAGUCAUUCGGUGAGAAGUUGCUGUUGUAA